AUGUCUAUGACCUUCGAAGAUUGUGCGAGAGUCCGGCCCGGCUUCCCCCGGCCGUUCCCCGACACGCCAUCAAAUGUUAUGGAGCAGUUUCAAAUGAAGGGGAAGGUGGUUGCCGUCACUGGCGCUGCCGAUGGACUUGGUCAUGCGAUUUCGCAGGCUAUGGCUGAAGCAGGUGCCCAUGUUGCCCUGUGGUAUAAUUCAAAUAACGUCGCCAUUGAGAAGGCCCAGGAAUUAGAAAAACAGCAUGGUAUCAAGGCUUCUGCAUAUAAGGUUGAUGUUUCGGACUCUACUCAAGUCUCGGAAACAAUUGCCAAAGUUGUGAAGGACUUUGGCAAGAUGGAUGUAUUCGUUGCUAAUGCUGGCAUGGCGAUUUCAAAGCCCAUUUUGGAACAAAACCUGGAUGAAUACCGGAAGCAGAUGUCUGUGAAUGUCGAUGGAAUCGUUUAUUGUGCGAAAUAUGCAGGCGAGGUGUUCGCACGCCAGGGCUAUGGCAAUCUGAUCAUCACCUCGAGCAUGAGUGCGCACAUUGUGAACGCCCCAACUGAUCAGCCCGUCUAUAAUGCAACCAAGGCAUAUGUAACCCACUUUGGAAAGUCACUAGCCCGUGAAUGGCGGGAGUUUGCACGUGUCAACAUUGUCUCGCCAGGCUUCUUCGAUACCAAGAUGGGUGCGAGCCCCCAAACCGUCCACGAGGCGUACCGUAUGUCGUCGCUUGGAAGACAGGGUCAUGUAAAAGAGAUCAAGGGAUUAUAUUUGUACCUGGCCAGUGAUGCUUCCACUUACAUGACUGGAAGUGAUGUGAUAAUUGACGGAGGAUAUGUCUUGCCAUAA